AUGAAUUUCUUUGGCACUGCUGUUAGGCGCGCUUCUAAGAUGUCUAUCCUCUCGAUGUCUAGUCAUACUUCUUAUUUCACCCAGACACUGGUGGCCUCCAUGAGGAAGCUGUACCCGGAGGCAUUGGCUGACAAGAGCUUUGAUAAUACUGGACUACUGCUCGAAGCUCCCUUCGACCAAUCCCGCAAACAGAAAAACUCAGUCCUCCUAGCAAUCGAUCUCACAACAGCUGUUGCAGAUGAAGCCAUUGGCAAGCAAUGCUCAGUCGUCGUGGCAUACCACCCAAUCAUCUUCCGCGGCCUCAAAUCCCUCACCUCGGCCGACACCCAGCAAAGAUCCCUCCUCCGCCUAGCUCAGCAUGGAAUCAGCGUCUACUCCCCACACACAGCAGUGGACACCGUCCCAGACGGAAUGGCAGACUGGCUCUGCGACGUGGUAACAGGCAGCUUCAAGCCCAAUUCCACAACACAGGCUGUCAUCAACAACUGCAGAUCAAGCCUGUACACCGCACCUUCAUUCCCAGAAGCCCCCAUCCCAAGCGUCCAAGCUUCACCCCAAGGACCACCACACACCCGCAGCACAAUCCACCCCUCACCACCAGCCUCGAUCCCAGAGGGGUUCGAAUCAGCCGGUGCGGGCCGUCUAGUAACAUUCAACGAAGCCCAACCCCUAACCACUCUAAUCGAUAACGUCGCCCGUGGUAUCGGUCUACCGGGUGGAAUCCCCAUCGCUCUGCCCCAAGGCCGUUCAGUAGACGAUAUACAGAUCAAGACAGUAGGCAUGUGUCCCGGUUCCGGGUCAGGCGUUCUCCUUAAGGGCAGUGGACCAAUCCCCGACCUCCUCUUGACCGGUGAGAUGAGCCACCAUGAAGCGUUGGCCGCUACAGAGCGUGGGUCGAUUGUUAUUUCGCUUUCGCACACGAAUUCCGAGCGGGGAUAUCUGCGUUCUGUUAUGCAGCCUAAGUUGCUUCAAGAUCUUGAUCAGAGGUGGCAUGCUUGUUUCGACGAGGCUUCUAGGGAUGAGAAGGCUAAGGAGGGGGUUUCCGCUGUUGUGAAGGAGCUUUAUGCUGGCCAGGGGAAGGUGGAGGUUCUUGUUAGUGUUGCUGAUCGGGAUCCUUAUGGGAUUAUGAUCUGGCGUGGGAAUUAG